GCUCGGCCGAGCGGCGGCGGCGGCGGCGGCCGAGGAGGAAAGAUGGCGGCGGGCUCGGAUCUGCUGGACGAGGUCUUCUUCAACAGCGAGGUGGACGAGAAAGUGGUGAGCGACCUGGUGGGCUCGCUCGAGUCGCAGCUGGCGGCCAGCGCGGCCCACCACCACCACCUCGCGCCGCGCACGCCCGAGGUGCGGGCCGCGGCCGCCGGCGCGCUCGGGAACCAUGUUGUGAGCGGCAGCCCGGCCGGAGCCGCGGGCACUGGCGCGGCCGCCCCCGCCGAGGGCGCGCCCGGAGCGCCGCCGGAGCCGCCCCCCGCAGGUAGAGCGCGGCCGGGGGGCGGGGGGCCGCGGCGCGAGGGCCCCGGCUCACCGCGCCGCCCGCUUGCUCCCGCAGGGCCCGCAGCGGCGCCCGCCGCGAAGCUGAGGCCGCCGCCCGAGGGCAGCGCGGGGCCCUGCGCCCCGGUCCCCCCCGCCGCCGCCGCCGCCAGCGCGGGGCCGGAGCCCGCCGCCGCCGCCGCCGCCGGCCCCGCCAAGCCCGCCGGCCCCGCCGCGCAAACUUUGAAUGGGGGCGCCGCGCUCCUGAACUCGCACCACGCCGCACCUGCUGUCAGCCUGGUCAACAACGGGCCCGCGCCGCCGCCGCCGCCGCCCCCCAAGCCCGCGCCCGGCACUGUCAUCCAGACGCCCCCUUUCCUGGGCGCCCCCGCCGUCCCCGCCGCCGCCGCGCCCCCCGCGCCCGCCCCCGCCGCACCCUCGCCCCCAGCCGUCCCCGCGCCCGCCGCCGCCCCGCCCCCGCCGCCGCCCGCGCCGGCCACCCUGGCCCGGCCGCCCGGCCACCCGGCUGGACCCGCGCCCGCCGCGCCGCCCCCCGCCGCCGCCGCCGCCGCGCAGAACGGGGGCAGCGCCGGGGCCGCCCCCGCCCCCGCCCCGGCCGCCGGGGGCCCCGCGGGGGGUAGCGGCCAGCCCGGGCCCGGCGUGCCCGCCGCGGCGCCCGUGCAGGGGGUCAAGGCCGAGUCGCCCAAGACGGUGGUGGCGGCGGCGGCGGCGCCCCCCCCGCAGACCCUGGCGGCCGGCGGCGCGGCCAGCUCCACGGCCGGCAUGAUCCUCGGGCCAACUAUGCAAGGGGCGCUGCCCAGCCCCGGCCCCGGGACCCCCACCGGGCUGCCGAAAGGCGCGGCCGGCGCCGUGCCCCAGAACCUGCCCCGGACGCCCACGGCCACCACCGCCGGGAUCCGCGCCGCGCUGACGCCCACCGUGCUGGCCCCGCGUCUGCCGCAGCCGCCUCAGAACCCCACCAACAUUCAGAACUUCCAGCUGCCCCCAGGGAUGGUCCUUGUGCGGAGUGAGAACGGGCAGCUCUUGAUGAUCCCCCAGCAGGCCUUGGCGCAGAUGCAGGCGCAGGCGCAUGCCCAGGCCCAGCCUCAGAGCACCAUGGCGCCCCGUCCUGCCACCCCCACAAGUGCCCCUCCUGUCCAGAUCUCCACCGUACAGGCGCCUGGGACACCCAUCAUUGCACGGCAGGUGACCCCCACGACCAUAAUCAAGCAAGUAUCUCAGGCCCAGACGACGGUACAGCCCACUACAAGCCUACAGCGCUCGCCUGGUGUUCAGCCUCAGCUCGUCCUGGGGGGCGCUACGCAGACGGCUGCCCUCGGGACGGCGACUGCGGUUCCGGCAGGAGCUCCUCAGAGGACAGUUCCAGGGGCCAGCGCCACCACCACAGCUGCCACGGAGACCAUGGAAAACGUGAAGAAAUGCAAAAACUUUCUGUCUACGUUAAUAAAGCUGGCCUCGUCUGGUAAGCAGUCCACAGAGACGGCAGCGAACGUGAAGGAGCUGGUGCAGAGUUUACUGGAUGGAAAAAUUGAAGCUGAAGAUUUCACUAGCAGGUUAUACCGAGAACUUAACUCUUCACCUCAACCUUACCUUGUGCCUUUCCUGAAGAGGAGCCUGCCUGCGUUGAGACAGCUGACCCCCGACUCAGCGGCCUUCAUCCAGCAGAGCCAGCAGCAGCCGCCGCCCGCCUCGCAGGCCACCACCGCGCUCACGGCCGUGGUGCUGAGCAGCUCGGGGCAGCGCCCGGCGGGGAAGACAGCGGCCACCGUGACCAACGCCCUGCAGCCCCCUGUCAUCAGCCUCGCCCAGCCCACGCAGGUCGGCGUGGGCAAGCAGGCACAGCCUGCCCCGCUGGUCAUCCAGCAGCCCUCGAAGCCAGGAGCCCUGAUCCGACCCCCACAGGUGACGCUGACGCAGACACCCAUGGUCGCCCUGCGGCAGCCUCACAGCCGCAUCAUGCUGACAGCCCCGCAGCAGGUCCAGCUGAGCCAGCUGCAGCCAGUCCCCGUUGUCAAGCCCGCCGUGUUACCUGGAACCAAAGCCCUGACUGCCGCGUCAGCCCAGGCGGCCGCUGCGCAGAAGCACAAGCUGAAGGAGCCUGGGGGCGGGUCCUUCCGGGACGAUGAUGACAUUAAUGAUGUGGCGUCAAUGGCUGGAGUAAAUCUGUCGGAAGAAAGUGCGAGAAUAUUAGCCACAAACUCGGAAAUUGUGGGGACGCUGACCCGGUCCUGUAAAGAUGAGACCUUUCUCCUCCCGGCGCCUUUGCAAAGAAGAAUAUUAGAAAUAGGCAAGUGGCAUGGCAUCACAGAGCUGCACCCGGACGUUGUGAGCUACGUGUCGCAUGCCACGCAGCAGCGGCUGCAGAACCUUGUGGAGAGAAUAUCAGAGACAGCACAGCAGAAGAACUUCUCUUACAAGGAUGACGACAGGUACGAGCAGGCGAGUGACGUCCGGGCGCAGCUCAAGUUCUUCGAGCAGCUCGAUCAGAUCGAGAAGCAGAGGAAGGACGAACAGGAGCGUGAGAUCCUGAUGCGCGCGGCCAAGUCUCGAUCCAGACAGGAAGACCCUGAGCAGCUGAGGCUGAAGCAGAAGGCGAAAGAGAUGCAGCAGCAGGAGCUGGCACAGUUGAGGCAGCGGGAUGCCAACUUGACCGCCCUGGCUGCCAUCGGCCCCCGUAAGAAGAGGAGAGCAGACUGGCCAGGCUCCACAGCGGGUGCAGAGGGCGCGGGCCCGGGCUCAGCGGUCCCAGGCAGCUCCGGCGUCGGAACCCCCAGGCAGUUCACGCGGCAGAGAAUCACGCGGGUCAACCUCAGGGACCUCAUAUUCUGUUUAGAAAAUGAGCGGGAGAGCAGCCACUCCCUGCUGCUGUACAAGGCGCUCCUGAAGUGACGCGGUGCUGCGCGGACGGCCGCUGGCUUCGCAGGGGUCC